UACUAACAGCUUCUUUCCAACUUAUUUUAUUGUGACUAACUCUCUUUUCUUCUUCGUGAAGAGGGUUGCAAUAUAUCCAAAUUUGAUAGAUCAAAUCUAUGAAGAGAAAGAAAUUUCUAUGAAAUGAUUAUUGAAGGAGAUUUUACACAUGUUCUCCAUGGUAACUGGGUUUAUGAAUUAUAGUGAACAAGCAAUACAGGCUGCGAGAUACAUCGGUCAAGGUUUUAUGGUUACCUUAUAUCACAUGAAUCGUUUACCUAUUACUAUUCAAUAUCCCUAUGAAAAAUUGAUUCCAUCAGAACGAUUUCGCAGGAGGAUCCACUUUGAAUUUGAUAAAUGUAUUGCUUGUGAAGUAUGCGUCCAUGUAUGCCCGAUCAAUCUACCUAUUGUGGAUUGGAAAGUCGGAAUAGAUAUUGGGAAAAAACGAUUGGAAAAUUAUAGUAUUGAUUUUGGAAUUUGUAUCUUUUGUGGAAAUUGUGUGGAAUAUUUCCCUACAAAUUGUCUGGCGAUGACUGAAGAAUAUGAACUUUCGACCUAUGAUUGUCAUGAAUUAAAUUAUGAUCAUAUUGCUUUAGGACGUUUACCAAUAUCGGUUGUUGAAGAUUUAACAAUUCAAACAAUUCCGAGCUGAACAUAUUAACUUAGUAUGUCUGAAGAAACUACGGACAAAUUUUAUGUUUUAAUCACUUCUACGAUUAUUCAGAUUGAGCUCCGAUCAAAGAGUAUCUGAUAAAUAAAAUAUUUUUUUU